ACUUGCUCGCGCACUCAGACAGCGUCAGACCAAGUUGUAGAAGAGACUCUCCUCUUCUCUGCGCGAUAUGUUCCCUCUUUCAUAACUGACCGAAGCACGCUGCUGCAGACCGGGGUGAAGGAGAGCUCCUUGCAGCCAGCAGGAUGCAUCUGGUCGUGGACUCCUGUCAGGAUGUUGUGAUGAAGAUGCUGCCAUACUUUGUGGAUAAUGCAUUUGUCACACAGAGACAGAUCUACCACAUGUGAUCUAAGUGAGAGCUUCUUCAUGGUGAAGGGGGCUGCUCUCUUUUUGCAGCAGGGCAGUUGUCCACAAGGUCAGAGAGGUCAACCUUACCACAAACAAGCAGGUGAAUUACCUCAGCAUCUACAGGUGAUGAUCAACAUUCUUCGCUCCGAGGAUCGUAUCAAACUUGCAGUGCUGUUAGAGAGUGCAUGGUCAGACCGUGUGCGUUACAUGGUGGUGGUCUACACCAAUGGCCGACAAGACACAGAGGAAAACAUCCUGCUGGGCAUGGACUUCAGCAACAAAGACAGUAGGAACUGCUCUAUUGGGAUGGUGCUGCCUCUUUGGAGUGACACUAAAAUUCAUUUAGAUGGUGAUGGGGGUUUCAGUGUGACAACUGCAGGGCACACGCACAUCUUCAAGCCUGUGUCAGUCCAGGCCAUGUGGUCAGCUUUACAGAUCCUACACAAGGCGUGUGAGGCCGCACGUAGGUACAACUAUUUCCCCGGUGGCAUGGCGCUCACGUGGAUGGGAUACUAUCAGAGCUGUAUCAGCUCAGAACAGAGCUGUAUUAAUGAAUGGAAUGCCAUGCAGGACCUGGAGACACUGCGACCGGACUCUCCAGUCAUCUUUGUAGACAAGCCAACAGAGAGAGAGAGAACAGAAUGCCUAAUCAAAGCCAAACUCAGGAGUAUCAUGAUGUACCAGGACCUAGAAAACGUCACGUCCAAAGAGAUCCGUAUUGAGCUGGAACAACAGAUGAACCGCAACCUGAAAGAUUACAAAGAGUUUAUAGACAACGAGAUGCUGCUUAUUCUUGGGCAGAUGGACAAAGCUUCUCUCAUCUUUGACCAUCUUUAUUUGGGUUCUGAAUGGAAUGCUUCGAAUCUAGAGGAACUUCAGGAAACUGGGGUGGCCUACAUCUUAAAUGUUACAAGGGAAAUAGAUAACUUCUUUCCAGGAACAUUCUGCUACCACAAUGUCCGGGUGUAUGACGACGAGGCCACAGACUUACUGGCCCACUGGAAUGAUACUUACAACUUCAUUGUCAAAGCAAAGAAAAAUCAGUCUAAAUGCUUGGUUCACUGCAAGAUGGGUGUUAGCCGCUCUGCUUCUACAGUAAUAGCCUAUGCCAUGAAAGAAUAUGGCUGGUCUCUGGAAAAGGCCUAUAACUUCGUCAAACAGAAGCGAAGUAUCACACGUCCUAAUGCCAGCUUCAUGAGGCAGCUGGCGGAGUAUGAGGGCAUACUGGAUGCUAGUAAACAGCGCCAUAACCGUCUAUGGCAUCCUGAUUCAGAGUGUGAUCACCUUGACUGCAAUCAGUCUGCUGCCUCUUGUUGUAUAAAUGCAGAGGCUGUGGAUCACAUCACCCCCAAUCUCACGAACCCUACUUUCACAGUAUGCUGUGAGCCUGCUGCGCACUCCCAUCCUAUCAGCCUAGACCUGGACCCUGCUCACCCGCAAAACUACCACUACUACUUUCGCCGCCUGUCUGACUCUGCCCUCGACAGCGAGCCAUCCACUCCGAUUUAUGCUCCAUCUUUGGGGGAUGUAGAUCGUCUUUACAUUGAGGUUGCAGAUGUGGAGGAAGAUGCACUUCUUGAUGUUGAAACAUCUGAGGGGCUCGAGGGACUUCCUUUAUCUCACUUUAGUGUUCCUGGAGAGGGCACAGCCGCCCAGACCUGUUCUCGCGGGGCAGAGCCUCUAGAGGAACUACGUCUGCGGUUGGAGUUCAGCACGGUGGAGGAGGAGGAUGAAGAAGAGGCUCAGAGAGAGCAAGAAGACAUGGCAGCAUUUGCAGAGGGAAUAAAGAUUGGAGAUGGGGAUGGGGGAGGAAGGAAAGAAAAAGAGGAAGAGUCAAAUGAAAAGGGGAUUGACCUAGCAAGCAUGAACCAUCUGUGCAACAAAAAUUCCAACAACAACAACCACAUCAGAACACAACAAAUACUCACUGAAAGUGGCCAUCUGAAGCAGUAUGCUAAGCCGAGGCAUCCUCUUGGCUUGCCAUUCACUUCCAAGCCCACCCAGAGUGCUCUACUAGAGGCUAACAGACAAGGCCUUGCCCCCUUACCCCUUCACAGUGUGCCCAGUAUCUCCAUUCAAAUGCCACCCUGUGCCAACUUGUCCAUGACAGCCAAGUGUGUUAAGCCUGCCACUGAUCUAUGCCGUGAUGCCAAUGCAAUGCCCUUGGGGUGGAAGGAAAAGCCAGUAAGCAAAUCCCUUGACGAUCCCCACCAGGACAAUGGGACACCAUUCCAGGAGGACAAGGGGGAUGGAGAUACUGAUGUACAAGGUUCCUCUCCUCUACCAAGAAAUGAAAGCAAGAUCAAAGGUUUGGAGAAGGAUGAGGCCACUUCCUCCCCACAACAACAAGAGACUCUAAUCAAGUUGCAAAGGUCCGGCCUUGUUCGGCGUCGUACAGAGCGCUUGGAAAAACUCUCUGGUCUUUUUCAGGAGCAUGCACGUGCAAACGAGCAAAGGGGAGCUAGUUCAAGCACAGCUAAUGAUGCAACAAACAGUUUCAAUGAUCCUAUUGACCCAUUCCAAAAGCCCUUUGGAACACGGACAGAUUACUCUACUGAAGCUGCAGUUCAAUUGACAAACGAGGCCUUGCUGGCCGUUCUAGGGUCGGGUGGCUUGACGCCCAUCUCGUCCCCGCAUGGUUCCACACUGACCCGCAGCUCCAGCAGCGACAGCCUUCGCAGCGUCCGUGGUAAACCAGGCCUUGUGCGUCAACGUGCACAGGAAAUCGAAGCCCGUAUGCGACUAGCAGGACUAACCGUACCUUCUAGACUCAAACGUUCAAACUCUCUUGCCAAACUGGGCAGCCUUACCUUCUCAUCUGAGGAUUUGUGUUCGGCGUGCUCCUCUGAUGCAGGAACACUUCUCAUGCUCUCGUUUUCCCCAGAACCUGAGCACUCAGUCAGCCCAGAAUGGGCCAAACCUUGGGACUCACCCUCUUCCUCAACCUCCACCAAUAUAGAGGUCUUCAACCAAAAGGAAGAAGGAUCUGGAGAAUCCAAGAGCUGACAGCAAGAGUGGAAGCUUUUAGUGCAAUGAUACUUUUGGCUUCAGUUUCAGCUGAACUUAUAUAUUUAUAUAUUUUUUUAAACAUUUCAGUCACUUGGGAACAUUCGCCAAGCCAAGUUCUUGCUGUGGGAGAAACAGAUUUUACAUGUUGGGUAAAGAGUGUGCCCUACAAAAGAAUGAAUUUGAAUGGCUUCUAUGUUUUGAAUAUAAACAUAUAUUUAAUGGAUAGGUAUCCAAAAUUUUCAGGACAGGCUUUCAUUGCAUUUGAACCUAAUUGGAUGUGUAUUGCACAUUUGAAUCCUGUGGUCAUGUUGGACAACUGCACUGACUGACAAAUGGUUUGUGAGGUUUACGGCUCUUAUUGCUGUUUUGAAAGCAAAAUAAGAACUCACCAUAACAGAGACCAUUACUGAAUGAGUCCAAAUAGACCAUUGUGUAAUGUUUCCAUCUGUCCACCCAUUCAUCGCACCAUAAAUCACUUAUUUGGAGCCCAGUACAAGUCACAGAUUCCUUCGGACAUGGUCACAAAUUUGAACUUCCUGCCAAGCUCUCACUUCCUGGCUGUACGGUGAAAGGAAAUGGAUUCUCAACCAUGAUUAGGAAAGUUCUCAGCACGAUGGACAUUAUGAAUGUGCACAAGGAACCUCUGUUCAUUCACACUUUUCUCUGGUAUCAUGUAUAUAACACUGAUAAUUUUCACACAGGUUUCAAAUCAAUACCUCAUACCAAUACAGUAAUGUUUGUAGACCAGGCAGGGGUUGUAGCGUAAUGACAACAUUUCUAUGGGUGGGCCCCUGGACCAUAGAGGAGUUUAGUGCACCCCCCCACCAAGACAAUGGUCCUAAGCCAGGCUGAUCGUAAAACAUGAUGACUGGCUACAUUUCAGUGUUUACACAUAGUGCAGUUUGUGUUGAGGGUCAUUCAAACUCUAACAUUGGGAAAGCUGGGGGUGAAUCACCAAGAGAAGGUUUGUUUUAUAUUCUUCCAUUCUUCUAAUACUUGAUAAGGGUGAUAUGAAAGACAAUCAAUCACAAUCAGGCAAAGUCAAACACCGCACGCACUCAAACUGAGAUCAACUUAAAGUGGCUGUUCUCUUUCCACUGAAAAACUCACAGAUACAGUUGCUGUUCUGAAGAAUGUGACUAUCUGUGUUGCUGUCAUUGAGGCCUGUUGGAUUUCAGAUUGAAAAAAGAGCAAAUGGGUUUAGGGCAGAUGUGGGUCACUACCUUAGCUGUUACAGUCUCUAAUUGUACAUAUGUGUGCUUUUGAAAGAUUUGAUAAAACUAGAACCUCUAUUUUAGUGUCAUUAGCAGAAGAGAAGCUCCCUGUUUUCAAAGACAAUUCAAAUAAUUUACUUUCCAAGGUAAUGAGAGACUGUUAUAUAUUUAAAAUCUUUUCCCUGAGACGGUAGUGAAAAUUCUUGGAAUGAAAGGAAAUGAUCUGAGCGAGGCUGUUGCUACUUAGUACUCAGUUAGUUUUCCAUAAUGAAAACAAGGUAAAGUGGAAUGGCCUUUUUGAACCAAAUCUUUACAGAUGGAGAAUUGAAGAUCACACUAAUGCUGAACCAAGAACAGACAGCAUGGGACUUAUAAGGCAAAUACAGUAUGUGACAUGAUUUUCAUAGCAAUUGAAAUAGUUUAGCUGUGAGGAUGUAUCUCUAUGGGUAUAUUUCACAAAAACAUGUCCAGAUCACGCAUAACCCCCAAGUAACAAAAAUAGAAACAAUAUAUUGUAUGUAAAAACAAAGCCUGUUUUUAGGACCAUAAACAUGUUAAUUUUAUUUCCAUUAUUCUCAAGUUGCCAUUCUCAUUUCUCAUUCCUAUAAUACAAUAUUUUUGACUGUAUUACAGUUAUAGCCAAUUUUACAACUUUGUUGCCAUGAUGAUGUAAUGUCAACAAACCCAGAUUACAACAUAAAAAUUAUGAUUUAAACUAACUGUACAGCUCAAAUAAUAUAGGAGUUUUAACAGAACAAUUCAUGUAAGUCCUUUUAUCAAAUUAUACUCUUCUCAUUUCUGCCUUGAAACCAUCCAAAAAUUGGCCCUAUUAUCUUCCAUUGUAAGUGUCUCACUGUAACCUCGAUUUUUUUUUUUUUUAAUUUUAAAGGAAGGACUAGUACAAAUAUUUUUUUUUUUUUUUACGGUACAAGCGCUGUCGAUUGGGCUUGACUUGUAUUGAACCCGGAAUAUUCUUUUAAUUGUUAUGAAAAAUGAUUGCACAAUGCAAAAAAAUAUGAAUGUACUAAAAAUAGGUUUCGUUUUUACUUUUAGAAAAAUCUUAUUUUUGUCUUUUGAUUUUGGGGUGAAAUAUGACUCAGACAUGUUCUUGACAAGUAAGUCCGUCUGUAUCAGAGGACACUUGCCAUACCAGUUGAUGUGAUCACAAAAGCUCUGAUAACAACACACUUCUGUUUGCUUUCAUGUUCUGUUGUCAACUGACCUUUAUCUUCCAAUCGGCUGGCCAAUUACAACUUGCAUUGAAGUACUUGAGGUUUAUUAUUAUGCAGCAUACUUUUACAAUAUUUUUUAAAACUGAUUUUGUAGAUUUUCUAUGCUGUCAUGUUUGAGCAAAUAUAAUGCGAAGCUGAAUGUGUGCGAGUGGUAUCUUGCACAUUGGCUACGCCAUUACUGUGAACCAUUUAUGCAUAUGAAACCCUUUCAGAGAGUGUGUGUGUGCGUGCUUUAAUGUUAAAGACAUGAGCAGGCUCAUACUGUAGGAAACACACCUUCCACCUCUACACACACACUCCACAACACACUGUAUGUAAAUACUAUAUGUAUGUGGGUCAAAUAACAGAUUGCUGGGAGUUCAUGGUACUAGCCAACUUGAAUCAGUUCCUCAAUCCUGUACAUGGUUGCCUGUGAGUUUGCAUGGAUGAUUUUGGAUUGAAUGGAUAUCAUUCAACAACAUUCAUUUAAUUGAAUCUUCCUUCUGGGGCCUGAAUAUUAAACUGACUUGAGAAAACAAAGCUAUUAAACAGAACGGUGUUCUGUGUCACAAACUGUUACUUUCAUCCAUUUUGGAAGACAACACACACUGUGUGAAUUGGUAAACUGUGCCCCAAACCCCCCUCUCCCUAAAGUCUUUGCCAUUGUGGUCAAAUUAGAGUCGAAGAUUACCGAUUGAAUGUUAUUGGUUUCCUGCAUUGUCUUGUAUCAUCAACAUCAAGUGCCUUUUCUAAAAGCGCUAUAGGCAAAGUUCUGUGCUGACUCCCACCUAAUAAUGUUGCUAGUUAGGCAGUGAGAGAGAUUGAUGGGAUAAGUGGGCACAUUUUAAAGCUGGCAGAUGUUUUCUUUGCACUUGCUAGUACAUGUAUUGUUGUAGCAGAGAAAAUAGAAAUAUACCAUUGAUAUUUGUCAAAGUCAAAAAAUAUUAGGGUUGCCAAGUUCUGAGGGGUUUUACUUUCCAAAUGAGUGAGGAAGGACUGUAUGCUAUUAGAAGAGAUGACCAAAGUUCUGCAUUAAUUAUCCAUAUGAAAUGCCACAUUGAUGCUUUUGCUUUAGGAACUGCCAUAGAUUCUCACUUGGGAGAGAUGGUGACAAUGGCUUUGAGAGAAUGUCAUCAAGUUACACUGGUUCUUCCUAAUUUAUCCAUUUGUAGACUUUCCUCUUGUUGGAUAUUGAGCCUCUUUUUGUGAAUAAGCAAUGCUGUUUUAUUGCAGUGAUCACAAAUUAGGAAUGCUCUUUCCAUUUCAUGUUAUGUCACCCUUGUUAUUGCUUUUAAACAUGCAGUAAUUUUGUCCUUUGUACUGCAGAUUUGCUGUAGUUUUAAUGCAUAUUGCACUUUGUACAUUUUGUUGAAAUUAUGUACUGUAAGUGUUUAUUAUGAUAAUAAACCUU